CAUCGGAGGUUAUCGAAGACCCAUCUGGACCCAUCGCAUCUUCUGCUCGUUGAUAUGGUUCUUCUGCGCGUUUUCUUUUGUAGAACACGAAAUCCUUUAUGAUACAUGGGGCGCCUCGUGUCUGUUCCUUGCAUAUCGUACUUUCAGAAUUGGACAUUCUACUAUUAGAGCUCUGGUCUACCUACCUACGUGUCUUCUCUGUGUCUGCUGGAAACUAAUUAGUAUGCAUUGGAAUUGCGUGAUUCAAAAUACGACGCUAAAGCGUACGUCAUUAGCCAAUGAUCCUAUGAUUGCAACUGUGUCGGAACGCUGACAAUAAAUCAUCUUACAAGUAAACUUGUGAGUUCUAACGAACGUAUUGUGUUUUCUGGAUACGUUGUGCUGAUUCAUAAUGGCAUUGGCUCGCAUUGGAUUUUCCAAGUCACCAAGUAUAGUGAUGAAACGUUACGUGCAUUCUGUUAAUAUUCCGUUGAAUGGAGCUCUUCGUGCCAAACAAGCUAAGGAUUCUGAACAGCCCAAGAGUUUCCAUGUGACUUCCAUACGACGAUAUCCUGAUGCUCCAACUUUGCCACUGCCAGACAAUAUCUCAGAGAUAUUCAGCAAUGAAACUGGUCGAUUCACGCCUGAACGAUCUCGCGACAUUGCCGGUCGUGUGCUAGUUUGCAGUACGAGUACAGCAGUUCAUGACACUGUACCUGGGAAGAAGUCCUUUGCGCUACAUAGUACAAACGAUUGUACAAACAAAGAAGACUCUCGUGUUGAUUCUUAUGAUUGCACUGGUGCAGUGAGCCUUAAUAGCUCGAUGCAGAGCACCGUGCCACAACCAUGUUGUUCUGUUGGAAAAUCAACCUAUCUAAAUAUGCCUGGUGGUCAGUGGGCCAAGGAUGGAAAGUAUAUUGCCGAACACAUGCAAAAAUCUCAUUAUGCAACCAUCAAGCCUCGACAUUCCAGCAAAGAGGAUGGCUUAGGUUUUGGUACUAACAUCCUGAUGAGGACUCUUACAAACAGUUCAUAUAAUGGAAGAUAUAACGGUGCUGAAUACUAUUCAACAAACAGCUUUAGUCCACCGAAUGGAAGUAAAACAUCUGAUUCCUCUGCUAAUGAAAUACAAAAGAUGCCUAUGAAAAAUAGGUUAAAACUUCUCGUUCGAGACUAUGGAAUUACAGUUCUAAUAUUUCACACUGGCAUUUCAUUGAUAUCUCUUGGUAUCUGUUACGUAGGAGUCUCUAGUGGUGUAGACAUGACAGUCGUCGCAAAAACUCUAGGCUUCCAAGGGAAUGCUAACAUUGAAAGUGCCUUGAAGAACACCUCAACAUUUUUAGUGGCCUAUUCUAUUCACAAACUUCUCGUACCGCUACGAUUUUCAUUGACACUGGCAUGCACGCCAGUAAUAGUUAGAUAUCUUCGUAACAAGAAACUUUUACCACUUCCCAAGCGUUGAUGAUAUAUGAAAUUAAUUGUGGCAUGAAGUUUCAUUUACACAUAAGUGUGUCUUGCCGUUAAUAAUACAUAGAUACGUAUGUGUGUGCGUCCCUUUAUAAUAAACGCUCAGCUAAAACCUGUCAGGUGUAGGGGAAUGUAUAUAAAUACAACUGCAAAUAACUAUCAUUGAUAAUGAAAGAGAAAUUAAAAAUUAUUAAAACAAAUGACAACUCAAA